UCCAUCGCGCGCGCUACCUGGGGUACUUUGGCCGAUGGCCGCGGGCGCCCACGGGGUCAAGUACUUAUGGUGGCCAUGUGCCCGCCACCGUGCGUUCUUGAUAGAUACCUACGUAUAUAUUGACGCGGCAACGGACAUCUCGCCCUCGUUCCAGGUUCAUAAUCCCUACAAUCACUCCGACGAGUUGUCCAAUUGCCCACUCGUCCAAUGCUCAACCCUUCUGAAGCCGACGUCUCGUCCCUCUCCGCGGCGAUUCGACUCGUAUAGGGUUGUUUUGUUUGGGUACUUCUAGCCACGACCUUCACCUCGCAGCUCGUCCAAGUCUAGGCUACCUUUUAGCCCCGUAUAGUCUCGAGUACUCUGCGGGACGCUUAUACCACCAUUACCGAGGUCGAGCCGGCAUAGGUGUAUAUAGUAUACAUAUCUAAGCACCUUACUUAACCAUGGCCGACGAGACCGCCCUCCACGACUUCCCGUCGCUCUUCUCCCUCAAGGGCAAGAUCGCCGUCGUUACUGGCGGCUCUAGGGGCUUGGGCCUCAACGCGGCAUCGGCCUUCCUCCAGGCCGGCUGCGCGACUGUGUUCAUCAGCUCGCGCAAGGCCAAGGCCUGCGACGCCGCCGUCGCCCAGCUCAACGCGCUGCCGAGCCUAGCCCCGGGGGCCCGCGCCAUCGCCGCCCCAGCCGACUGCUCGUCUCUGGCGGGCGUGCGCUCGCUCGUCGAGCAGGUCCGCCGCCACGCCGACCACGUCGACAUCCUCUUCGCCAACGCCGGCGCCACCUGGGGCGAGGCCUUCGACACGCACCCCGACACGGCCUUCUCGAAGGUCAUGGACCUCAACGUGCGCGGCGUGUUCCUGCUCGCGCAGCAGUUCGCGCCGCUGCUCGAGGCCCGCGCGACCCGCGACGACCCCUCGCGCAUCAUCAUCACCGCCUCCGUCGCCGGGCUCAGCGUCGGCACGCUCGGGCCCCAGGCCACCUUCGGCUACUCGGCCAGCAAGGCCGCCGUCAUCCACCUCGGCCGCAACCUCGCCGUCGAGCUCGCCCCCCGCCACGUCCUCGUCAACUCCAUCUGCCCCGGCUUCUUCCCCACCAAGAUGGCCAACGGCCUCCUCGCCCUCACCGGCGGCGUCGACCGCCACGCCCAGGCCAACCCCGCCGGCCGCCUCGGCCGCCCCGAGGACAUCGCCGGCGCCGUCGUCUACCUUGCCUCCCGCGCCGGCUCCCACGUCAACGGCGCCGCCAUCGAGAUCGACGGCGGCUCCCUCUGGAGCCGCGGCGGCCUGUUCGAGGCCAACGCCCCCGAGCCCAAGCUGUGAGAGGUUGGUUGCGUCGUGCGUAUAUGUAUGAUAGUAUUACUAGUCGAGAAAGGCCGAACAAGAGGGAAAAGAUCUCACGAGGCUGACUACCGUGAACGAUCUAUGAUAUGGAAGGGACCUAGGAAAUAUGCAACUGUUAUUAUCUAUGCAAGUUCUACGUCGCCAUGUCGUAUCACCGGCAUAUUCUCGCCUCCUACCAUUAUUGCGACCG